AUGGUUUCUUCAAAUUAUAACAAAAGUCAUAGGACUGACGAGUUUAUGAUUGCAUCUGAAAUUAGAGCUGCGUCUUCGAAGUACAGCAUGAGUCCAUGUCGUUCUGGUUCCAAGUUUCAUAAAAAAGAUCCCUUUUAUACUCAAGUUUAUCAGGAUUCUUAUUCGAAUGAUGAUGUUUUGUCGUGUAAUGAACAUGAUGAUUUUAAAAGAUAUUCUCAGUCAUCUAAUGAGCAUGUUUUUGAAUUGAAUAAUCGUCGAGCUUUGCGUUCUAUUGACAAUCAUUUUGUAGAUAAUAUAAAUAGCACUAAAUUGCAAAAUGGUUGUACUUCUCAUGAACAUAACAAGCAAGUUCAGUCAUAUUUAAAUGGUCAUGAUAUAUCUAGGUAUAUUCAAGAUGAUAACUUUGAUUUAUUAUAUCCUAUUGUUAACAAUGGGACGUUCGUGCGAGAACAUCCUCCUUUAGACUUGUUAUCUAAUUCUCGAAUUAAAGGACCAAAAGUUGGAAUAGAUAUGUCUCUUAAUGCUGCUCUCCAUGUUGGAGGUGGAUUUAUUCGAGGACAUUUGCAGAUUACAAUUGAAUCUUCCAAGGUAUUAUUAGGUAGUAUUGCUCUUGAUUGUUUGGGUGUUGAAAGUGUAAAAAGUAAUAAGUCACAUAUAUUAUUUAGUAUUGCUAAGGAAAUGAUGGAAUUUGAGGAUUCUCCAUUAAAUCAGCUUGUAUAUACAGAUAUUGGGCAAUGUCCAGAAGAUGGGUUUUGGCCUUCGCAAAAAUGUAAAGUAUCUGUUCCAUUUGAUUUACAUCUUCCUUUGAAUGUAGGUCCUGGAACAUUUGAAUGUAAAGAUGGACAAAUAAAAUACUAUAUUUUUGCAACGCUUCGUUAUAAAUUAAAAGACAAGAUUUUUUUGUCACGAGUAUGCAAAAACUUAUUAUUAUUUACAGCUCUACACCCUGAUCGAGCUCUUGUACCAACUGAACAUCCUAUAACAUGUAUUGAAGAAGGACCUUUGUUUUGUGGAGGAAAAGGUUCUUUAAAGGUUGAAGCAAAACUACAUAGACCAGUAUGGAUUUCUGGUCAAUUAGUAUUUGUAGAAGUUUGUACAACUAAUCAUUCAACACGUACUGUUAGGAAAAUAAAACUUGAAUUGAUUCGUCAAGUUAUUAUAUAUAAUAGUCCUCCUGCUAAUACUAAAGAACAAACACUUAUUCAUGAAAGAGUACCAGAUUUCAUUAAAACAAAAAUUUUAUCAUCAUCAAUAUUAUAUGCAAAUGAUCCUGAAGAUACAAGAGCUUGGAAGGGCGUUGAACCAGAUACUAGUGAUUCAGUUAUUUGUCAAUUAUCAAUUCCUUCUGCGCAACUUACUGUAAAUGCUGGAAGACAUUUAGCAGUUAAAUAUUUUAUUAAUAUUUCAGUGGGAACAGCUUUUACAUCAAAAGUUGUAGUUCAAGUUCCUAUUCUGGUUGCAAAUUUAUUAUCACUUGAUAUUGCAUCACACAAUGUUACUGAUGUAGCACUUACCAUGGCAAAAUAUCAUGAUUCGAAACCACCUGUUGAUAAUAUUUCUUCUCGUGCAUUUAAAAGUUCUUGUAGAGAUGUAAGUUCACCACAACAUGCUAUUGGAUGUUGUAGCAGUGAAGAAAGCGAGGAUGUUUUAUCUACUGUACUUCGAGAAAAGCUUAAACCUCUUGAUAUAGAAAAAGUUAAUGAUGAAGGUUCUUUACAUUUUGUAAUUAGAGAAACAGGCAAUAUCAAUAAUUAUUGUCCUCGACGAUCCAAAUCAGUGUUUCAUCCACGAAAAAGAUAUUCGAGUUGUAGUGGGCAUUAUGAACACUUAAAAGCUGUUCCUAGAGAUAGUGAUGAUGUAAGACAGGCAUUAUCUCAUGAAUAUCGUGCUCCUAACAUGGAUAUCUCCACUACUGCAUUUGGAUUUAGUAAUGAAUUAUCUCCUAUUUCUUUAGCAAAAUUAAAUCAAAAGCAAUUGCGUCCUAGAAAUAGUCGAGGGAGAAGUAAUAGUGAUCCAAAUAGUGAUCGUACUAAUCGACGUACUGAUCUUCCUGAGACUGUCCAAGAAGAAUAA